AUGGACUCUCCUCCCGCCGUACAACCUUAUCAAAAUCCGCCAAUCUCUGCUCCGGUCAACACUGCCUCACCUAUCCCAUUUGAAUCCCUCCGCAGUCGCACAGUCCUUAUCACAGGAGGAGCUUCUGGCAUUGGGGCAUCAAUUGCUUCAACAGUUGCACAGCAUGGCGGCAAUGUCAUCAUUGGCGACCUCAACGACCAGCUCGGGGAGGGGCUGAUUGCAGAUCUACGACAGAUCUCUGAAUCUGCACGUCACCACUUCAUCCACCUCGAUGUGACUUCAUGGCAGUCACAAGUCGCCUUCUUCAAGCAGGCCGCCGCCCUCUCACCACAUGGCGGUAUUGACACCGUUGUAGCCAAUGCUGGUAUCGCGUCCGCUGAAGAGAUUGCCUUCGUCGACCCGCCAGACUAUGCGAACCUGGAUGACCCGCCACCUCCCAAACAUCAAAUCAUGAAUGUGAAUCUGAUGGGCGUGCUGUAUACGACUGAGCUCGCCUUGUCCUAUCUGAGCCGCAACCCUGGGAGCAACAGAUGCAACGACUCCCACUCCGGCAGCGGCGCGCGAGACCGACAUCUUCUACUGGUCAGCUCUAUCGCCGGCGUUGUCGCCCUUCCCAGCCAAGCUCUGUACUGCGUCUCAAAACACGCCGUCGUUGGUCUGUUUCGGACACUUCGAAUCACAGCGCCUGGCAACAACGGAGUGCGAGUCAAUAUGCUCAACCCAUACUUCACAGCCACUCCGAUCAUGGGGUCCAUCGGACCACUGUUCAUGUCUGGCGCAGCCAUGGCUCAGAUCGAGGACGUGGCUGGCGCAGCGGUGCGAAUGGUCGCAGACAAGAAUAUUGUUGGAAGGGCAUUGAUUGUCAUUAGUCGAGGCUCAAGAAAGGAGGUAGAGGGAGCCGGCCUGGAGUACAUCGAGGGCGACCAGCACGGUAACGCGGUCAGAGACAUGCUGCCGGACGACAUGAUCCAGACCGAUGCUUUCGUGCGGCGGAUGAUAGCGGUGAUCAACUUGCGAAAUGCUGGACGAGGAUGGCUCGAAUUCUUCCAAGACGCGGUCCGUGGUCUCGUCAUGCUGGCACGGAGAAUUACUGGACGUUGA